GUCCAUGGAUAUGUCGGACGUUGCAGUUCGUCACACUCUUGCUCCACUGAAUAUUGAAGUUGUUCAUCGGUUUGACACUUCUGUCGUCUCAAUUCUGAGGGAGGUCCGCAUCUGCGUUAUUGUGCUUGUAGCUGGCUGGGUAACCACUAGCAUUGUCUCUUCGUUGGCGAAUCGCAAGAAGAGAGACUCCUGAUAGAUAGAGUUAUUCCCUUCAACACAAGCCUGACUCUUCGGAAAGUCACAAUUAUUUUCUUGCGCAGUGGAGGGACAAUUGAUUGUUUCAUACAAGUAUAUAUCGCCCAGCUACGAGUCGCGCGAGACUAUUUCUGGGGGCUGUCACCAAGAAUGAAGUACUCUUUCGCUCUUGCAUUUUUGACUGCCGUCAGCGCACAGUCGAUCAUUGACACACUCAGUUUUGGACAUGGCUCAAGAUUUUCUCCGAGUGGAGAUAGUCUUCCAGGUUGGAAAAUAAAAGGCGAGGGCCACGAACCACAAAUACUCUCGGACAAGCUUAUCCUAACACCCCCGUAUCCUGGCCAUACACGAGGUUCUAUAUGGGCUGAAAAUGGUCUCUCGCUUUCAGAAUGGACUACGGAGUUCCAUUUUAGAGCCAGUGGUGAGGAGAGGGGGAGUGGCAACCUUCAACUAUGGUAUGUGAAAGACGGCGAAAGAACCGUUGGCGCGUCGAGCAUUUAUACGGUUGGACAAUUCGAUGGAUUUGUCUUAACAAUUGACACCCACGGAGGCAGGGGUGGAAGCAUUCGUGGUUUUUUGAACGAUGGUACAAGAGCCUACAACCAGCACACCAAUGUCGAUAGCUUGGCCUUUGGCCACUGCGAUUACGCUUAUCGUAACCUUGGGCGUCCGUCCGUUAUCAAAAUCGAACAGUCCAGUUCACUCUUUCAGGUGACGGUCGAUGAUAAGGUGUGCUUUCAAACACCGAAAGUUGCCUUACCAGCUGGCAACGUGUUCGGUGUUACUGCUGCCACACCUGAUAAUCCAGACUCUUUUGAAAUCUUCAAGUUUGUCGUCACAUCAGGCGCACAAGCUACUGCGCAUUUCGGGGGACAAACUACGCAACAACAGCAGGCGCCUAUCGAGGGUCGGUCAACAAGCAACCAAAUCAAUCUCGGCUCACUCGACGAUAUGAACAACCGCAUUUACCAGAUUAGUCAAGAAGUCUCUCAAAUCGUGCAAAACAUGAAUGAACGUCACCAAGAGCUUCUCAACAGGAUUUCGACCGGUUCCGCUUCCUCAUCGUCAGACUCAUCACCUCAAAGCGAUGCUCGCUUGAACGCCAUCGAUGACCGUCUCCGACGUAUUGAGACCAUGUUAUCAGAUAUACAACGCGACAAUGCUGGAAAGGAUUACCGUAAUGAGUUUACUCGGCUUCACAAAGCCAUUGAACAUUCCCACGUCAGCCUGACCGAAGCUUUGCAAACGUCUAUAUUCAACAUGAUUACCGCUACAACACCACGCAUGGGUCUCUUUAUUUGCGUUGUGAUUGCCUUCCAACUGUUCCUAGCGGGUGCCUAUGUGUACUACAAGCGUCGACGCAACGGAAUGCCGAAGAAAUUCUUGUAAUUCGGUCUGAACUGUAUAUAUACUUAUACGAUGGAAGAGAUCAUGGUAACGAUAUAGUGUAUUUAGAAAAGUAUCUCGGUUUGUUGUCAACUUCGUCGGUCGCUUAGCUUGGUAGUUUAGCAUAUCGUCCUUGUACAACAAUUACAGUUAUAGUUCUACUUUUG